CUCCAGUCAGGCUGGGAGAAGGAAAAAUGAGCCAGAGGAAAGGAAGUGCAGCUGAAGGGCUAGGUAAUGGAACAUUCUCAAGCCACUGGAAAGGAAGCGCUAAGUUGGCCAGGCCAUGGCUUGCUGGAAGAAAAUACGAAGCAGCAGCUGGAUUUAUCCUACCCUGGUCCUCUGCAUUUAUGGGUUUUUCUUCAUGAUGAGGCCAUCAGAACCUUUCCUCACCCCUUAUCUAACAGGACCAGAUAAAAACCUGACCACUGAUGAGGUUACAAACCAGAUUUUCCCAGUUUGGACAUACUCCUAUCUGGUGUUGCUGUUUCCUGUUUUCUUGAUUACGGACUAUAUGCGCUAUAAACCCAUCAUUAUUCUACAAGGCCUUAGCUUCAUUAUUACAUGGCUGAUGCUUUUAUUUGUCCAAGGAGUGCUAGCCAUGCAGCUGAUGGAGUUUUUUUAUGGGAUGGUAACAGCCACUGAAGUUGCCUAUUAUGCCUACAUUUACAGCGUUGUCAGUGUUGACCAUUAUCAGAAAGUGACUAGUUAUUGCAGAAGCAUCACACUUGUUGCAACCACAGUUGCAGCAGUGUUUGGGCAACUUUUAGUAUCUUUGGCAGAGCUAUCCUAUUUUUAUCUAAAUGCCAUUAGUUUGGCUUCUCUGUCCUUGGCCUUCCUAGCCUCUUUUUUUCUACCAAUGCCAAAAAAGAGUAUGUUCUUUCACAAAAAUCGUAUCCCUGAAACUCCCCGAGGAACAAUGGAUCAAGACACAAUGUCAAAAGCAACCAGCAUUAACGAGCAGCCAAGAUGCCAAGAUGACAAAGACGCUGCGAAAUCAUCUGUCAUUUCCAGGACCUUGCCUGAAUGCCAGUCUGACAAGCAUCAGCGUCACAUGCUUGUGCAGUUAUACAAGGAUUUAAAGGAAUGCUAUUGCACAAAGAAGCUUCUUUACUGGUCCCUAUGGUGGGCUUUAGCCACUGCAGGCUAUAACCAGAUUGUGAAUUAUGUCCAGGUGUUAUGGGACAACAGAGCACCCCCUAAGAAUAACAACAUUUAUAAUGGGGCUGUUGAGGCAGCAGCAACAUUUCUGAGUUCAGUAACCUCCCUGGCAGUAGGAUACGUGAAAAUUAACUGGGAUCUUUCAGGAGAGCUAGCACUGGGAAUCUUCUCUGCACUGAAUGCUGGUUCUCUAUUUCUCAUGCAUUUUACUACCAACAUCUGGGUAUGCUAUGCUAGCUAUCUAGUUUUCAAGUCAUGUUAUAUGCUCCUCAUAACAAUAGCAACGUUUCAGAUCGCUGUCAAUCUAAGCAUGGAACGCUACGCUUUAAUGUUUGGAUUCAACAACUUUGUCGCACUGGUGAUUCAGACUAUUAUAACUGUAGUCGUAGUUGAUUCAAGAGGUCUGGGAUUGAAGAUAGUCACCCAGUUCCUAAUUUAUGGCAGUUACUUUGCAGUCAUAGCUGGGAUUUUCUUGAUCAGAAGCAUUUACACAAUUGUCUCAAUCAAAUGCAAAAGGGACACACGGAACUUCUCAAACGGACCUCAGAACAUUACGGAGCAAGGAUCAGAAACCAAAUUAUAACUAGCUGUGCAAAGAUCUGUAGCUUUAAUGGACUUAUCAAAAAUGCCCCUGCUUGCAAAAAACUCUCACUGAAGUCAAUGAGAGAUUGCAGUAAGGGGAGCAGCACUUCGUCCUUCAUGUAUGCCCCUGCUAAAUCACAACAAACUUACUCCAACCAAAAGAAUUGCCUGAUAUAAUUGAACACCAGAUCGUCAGCUGGUGUAAAUCAAUAUUGUGCCAUUGAUCUGAACUGAUUUACACUAAUGUAUACCCUUCUGAGGAACUGGCCCAUCAUACUGACAUUUUGCCAAAAAAAAGGAAGAAUCUGGUUUGAUUGGAUUCUGAUUUGUUUACACAACAGCAUAACAAACUCAAUCUAUGUGUUAUGCAAAAAUACCACGGUUCUUUUUCCCUCUCUCACUCAGGCUUUUGAAAAAAUUGUAAAUGGGAUGCAUUCCAUUCCAAAAGGUUAUUUCACUUGGCAAUUCAGCUUUGCUACUCCAAGUGGGAUGAGGGUUUUGCCCAUACCUUCAUUUGGGGUAGAUCCUUGUAGCCUCCCACCUAUGUAUAUCCUUGUAGAAGCUGGAUUUUAUAUUUAUUUUUCAGGUUUAAUAAUGUAAUAAUGUAUGACUUAAUUUCAUCCUGCCAGCCACCCUUUUUGAAUAGCAGAAAGGAAUGACCCUCUGGAGCAUUGGUAGAAAGGCAGGGACAGACCAGAACAAUCCUUAUGAUGGAUUAUGGUCACCCUUGUUUUAGGAUAUAAUAUCUACUAUGGUUUCCUAUAUGUAUUAUAUAUUAGGCACUCUAGUUAAAUAUAUAUUUCUUUGUUUUAAGGUUUAGUAAGUAAGAGACAGGAUCUUGUAUUGUGUCUAUGUUAAUGAGAUUAGAGGAAUGUUGAAGGCCCGGGCCACAAUGUCAACUGUUUUGAUUACAAGAUUCAGUAAGGUUUAAUUUACAAUGCCUUUCUUGCUCAACAUAAAAACUGCUGUAUACCUUUGAAGGUCUCUGUAAAAGACUUUGUGUGAAUGAGGAAUGCAUGCAUCAGGAAAAGAUAAGGUGUGAAGGCCAUUGUUAAAGUCAGAUGGUCAAGAGAGGAGGAGUGAAGAAACUUCAGGACACCAGAGAGAACCAUCAACGCACAUCCAUAAUGAAGGAAGGGCAGAUGACAACCGUGAGGUGGAGGCUGGCACCCCUAAAGACAAGACAAUUGAUUAAAUUGAAACCUGGACAGGAUGACCCUCUUGGAGGUGUUUUGGAAUGCUAAGAUCAAAAGAUAACACCAAUUAAAACCAGUUAAAAACUGACACAGCAAAAUCCAAAGACUUCAACAGAGAAAAACAGGGUGCUUGGCCAUGGGACUUUGGGUUCAUCUCGCCAAAACUCCAGGAGCAUUGGAUCGCAACCGACAGAGCCCAGCUCCCCUCUGCAACCAAUCUGGCUGACCACUAGAUUGAUCCAGACUCUGGACUAGUAACUAUAAUCAUCAACUGGCUGGAGUGAGUGAGUGUGUGAGAGACUGAAAAGUAUAUGCUAACUGCUGUAUUCUCAAUAAAUGCGGUGUAUUGCCUUCUUCCCU